GUCGCCUUCGAAACGAAGGAUUGACAUCAACGACAGUAUUCAGAAUUUAACUCAUUCUCCUUUUCGUCGAGCUAGCUACAGUACGGCUAUUGAGCGCAUACAUUCGCAAACGCGCGAUCAUACAGGUAUUGCUCAAAUUCCUCAAAGUGAUGCAGAGCCUUCUUUGCAAACACAUCACGAUCAGAAGCGGACACCAACCCAUUCCUGCAGUCAACCACUUCUGAAUCGAACCAAGUUGACUGAUGAGCAAAAAUCGACAACAACUUCAAGAACGAAAAUUUCAUUCAUUCCGCAUCAGUUAUCAUAUGAUGCAACAAUACCUGAAAUGAGUAAACGGAAAAAUAUAAAAUCAGAUGGGAUAAUUCCAGCAGUGGGUCAAAAUAAAACCGAAGAUUCUGUGAACAACGAAGAAGUUUCGCGUCGAACUAGCUCUAACAAAGAUGUAAAAUCUUCUUCUGAAGCUGUGGCUGAUGGCUUUAUUGCUGCUAGAACUGAUCGCGUAGGUGAAUCUUCGAACAAGAUCGGGAAAGAACAAACUAGUAGCCAAGCGGAAAUAUCAAAUUCAGAAGAUUCUAUUGAGCCACCACCUGAAUUAUCAUCUACUUCAAGCGCUACAGCCAAAGUUGAUGAAUUUCUAAUUAGUCUUUGUGAGUCUGUGACACCGAUUGAACGCGGUCGAUGUGGUAUAGUCAAUAUUGGCAAUACUUGUUUCAUGAAUAGUGCACUUCAAUGUUUGAGUAAUAUAGCCGAUCUUACGCUGUACAUUUUGAAGAAUCGUGGCUUCGAAAAAGAUUUAAAUAUGACAAAUUUAUUGGGUACAGAAGGAAAAGUUGCUCGUGCCUAUGCCAAUCUUAUUCAAGAAAUGUGGUCAGGCACGAAAUCAUCGGUUAGCGCUUCUUCGGUGAAACAAUACGUGGGUGAUCUUUGUCCUCGCUUUGCGGGUUUUAAUCAGCAAGACUCACAUGAAUUUUUGAACGUACUACUCGAUGGUCUGCAUGAAGAUCUUAAGCGCGAAGAUAUGUCCGAUGCUGUGAAUGAUGAAACAUCUGUUAUCUCCGACAUUUUUCAUUGCAAAUUACGUUCAACAGUCCGAUGCUUCGAAUGUCCGAUAAUAUUCGAGUCCGAUGAAUCGAUGAGCUUCCUUUCGCUGCCGGUUUCUAAAAAUGCAUCACAAUCAAUUGAUCGUGAGUCAUGUCCGAGAAAAGGAUCAUCCAAGUCUUCUAUACCCUUAAAGAAAUGUUUUGAAGGACUUUUUAAAUCCGAAAUUUUGAGCAAGAAUGGUAAAUGGUUUUGUAAUAACUGCAAUCGUCUUACUGAAGCCACAAAGAAACUUGAUCUAUGGACAGUACCAAAAGUUUUAAUUCUUCAACUCAAACGAUUUACAUAUGAUCUCUCUAAUAAUACCAAAAUUGAAACAUUGGUCGACUAUCCGCUCGAUUCUCUAAACUUGAGCGAUUUUGUUACCAAUACCGAUUAUGAUCAAAAUAUCCGCUUCGAUCUUAUCGCCACUUCCUGUCAUAGUGGAAGUCUUGCUGGAGGACAUUAUACGGCCUACGCAAGAAAUUUUCUUAGUAACAAUUGGCUGCACUUUAACGAUCACUGUGUUCGUGAAGCAAUUAUAAGAGACCUGGUAACAGCAAAUGCUUAUCUUCUCAUUUAUCGACAGCGUGAAGGCUAA